AUGGUCAACUCCUGUUGUGGCUCCAUCUGCUCUGACCAGAGCUGUGGCCAGGAAGUCUGUGAAGAGGCAUGCUGUGCCCCCAGCUGCUGCCGUCCUAGCUGCUGUAGACCCAGCUGCUGCCAGUCUGUGUGCUGCCAACCAACCUGCUGCCAAACCCCUUGUUGCCGCCCAACUUGCUGUGUGUCCAGCUGCUGCCAGCCCUGCUGCCGUCCCACCUGUUGUCAUCCAGCCUGUUGUCAGACCACUUGCUGCAGAACCACUUGCUGCCAGCCUAGCUGCUGUGUGUCUAGCUGCUGCAGACCAAGGUGCUGCCAGUCUGUUUGUUGCCAACCCACCUGCUGCCGCCCAACUUGCUGCCGCCCCACCUGCUGCCAGCCCUGCUGCCGCCCUACCUGCUGUAUUUCUAGUUGCUGCCAGCCCUGCUGUCGCCCCACCUGCUGCCGCCCUACCUGCUGCCAGCCCUGCUGCCGCCCUACCUGCUGUAUUUCUAGUUGCUGCCAGCCCUGCUGUCGCCCCACCUGCUGCCAGACCACCUGCUGCAGAACCACCUGUUGCCAACCUACCAAGGUUUCAACCUGCUGCCAAACCCCUUGUUGCCGCCCAACUUGCUGUGUGUCCAGCUGCUGCCAGCCCUGCUGCCGUCCCACCUGUUGUCGUCCAGCCUGUUGUCAGACCACUUGCUGCAGAACCACUUGCUGCCAGCCUAGCUGCUGUGUGUCUAGCUGCUGCAGACCAAGGUGCUGCCAGUCUGUUUGUUGCCAACCCACCUGCUGCCGCCCAACUUGCUGCCGCCCCACCUGCUGCCAGCCCUGCUGCCGCCCUACCUGCUGUAUUUCUAGUUGCUGCCAGCCCUGCUGUCGCCCCACCUGCUGCCGCCCUACCUGCUGCCAGCCCUGCUGUCGCCCCACCUGCUGCCGCCCUACCUGCUGCCAGCCCUGCUGUCGCCCCACCUGCUGCCAGACCACCUGCUGCAGAACCACCUGUUGCCAUCCAGCCUGCUGUGACUCCUCCUGCUGCUGAGCACCCAGACCACCAUACAUUUGACACACAGUCAUGGCUUUUCUAAGAAAUGCACCUCUUUCUCUUCAAUUAUGAGAUUAGUCAUAGAGGGAGAACAUGUUGACACCCAUCUCCUAUGAGACCAGGAUAGAAAACCCAUUGCAUUGCUUGCAUAAGUUACAUCUGCUUGUGUUACCCCCUCCCCCCACCACAUACCACUUUCUCUUCUCUUCCACAUGGAUCAUCUAUCAAUCUUGAAUGUGGUCAUUCGAAAGGGAACAGAUCCAACAGCACUGAUACCUCUCAUUGGCAUUCCAAAACUAUAGCAAAGUACUGUUGGAGGAGAUAGAAUAAGAAUGUUUCUUUCUAGCACUUCAUAAGUCAGACACAAAAGCAAGAAUUCUAUGAAGCAGAAUAUAUUCAUUCUUCAUUUACCCGAAUCAUAAUUUUGUUAAA